AUGGCCCCAAGCCUGGUGGACUCGAGUAGGCUUUCUAUCGAGGGGAUAGGCCGCCAAAUUAUUCCAUCUCCCACGAAGUCCAUUGACUGGUUUAAAGAUGCCAUUCAACUGGACCUGUGCCAGUCCUGGUCCAAUUGGCGAGAGACUUUGGCGUCUAGGUCCAUCAAGGAAUCGACUCUUUUGAAAGCAGCUUGGAUUCUUACCCUUCGUUGCUUCCAGCCAGAGGAAGUGAUAAGCAUAAGCUACGAUGAAGGAAACGUUCCACAACCUAAUCCCCCAAUUGCUUACACCGUGCGGGUGGAGCCUGACUGGGAUGUACGGUCACUUCUUCAAACUUUAGAGAUGAACAAAGGUCACGAAGUGACCAGUUUUGGAGCGAAGCCCUCUCCCUCCCGCCAUGUCUGCACCGCAGCACUCAGAUAUAUAACCAAGUUCCAUAAACUCUUGACACCACUGACCUCUCUUAAUGGAAAUGUAGAGCUUGUUGUCAUUGGGCGUGAUAACCGGUUGAGCGCGAGCAUCAAGAGGGCAGAAAAUGUCUCCAAUUCUUUGGAUGAGAGCAUGCUGUGGACUUUUCAACACGUGCUCCGGCAAAUUACGGUCUCCCCCGCGAGUUUAAAGCUCGAAGCGAUUGACUACUGCUCAGAGUCCCACAGAAAAAUAAUUAAGAGCCUUACCCACACCAAAUCAGCCUCUAACCCCAACUGUCUGCAUGAGUUAAUCUUGGAAAAUUGUCAGCGGCAUCCAAAGAGGCUGGCAGUUCGUUCAUUUGAUGGCGACUUAACCUAUGAAGAAUUGGAUAAUCUUUCCUUCCGGCUAGCACAUCAUCUCACCCGGUUGGGCGUACGGCCCGAAACCUUUGUCUUGAGUAGCUUCCAGAAAUCAACGUGGGCAAUCGUAGCUCGACUGGCCAUCCUGCGUGCAGGAGGAGCGUAUAUCUCGAUCCACUCAAGCAAUCCACCAGCCUAUCUCGACUCCGUAAUACAGCGCACCAACGCCAAGAUCAUGUUGAGUGAUCCAUUCUUCGCAGAUCAAUUCCAUAAUACAAUCGACACCGUCAUCGUGGUCACCCUUGAAUGGCUACAAACGCUUCCUUGUCAAAUUCACUUUGCCCUAUUGCCAGUGGUUCAGCCAUCCAACGCCUGUACGGUUUUGUUCACCUCUGGAAGCACCGGUAGGCCCAAGGCCAUUGUACAAGAGCACAGGUCCUACGCAUCUGCUAUUAGAGACUAUGCCGAGAACCUUGGCCUGAAUGAAGGCACCAGGUUCUUGAGUUUCGAUGAUUACGCAUUCGACAUCAGCAAUUUGGAAUUUUUGGUUCCUCUGAUUCUAGGGGGUUGCUGCUGCGUGCCUGGGCCGAUGAAGACUGUUCAGGAUCUCGCCGACAACAUUCAAAUGCUCGACGCCAAUAUUGCCUUCCUCACACCUACGGUGGCCAUUAAAGCAAAUCCAGAAGCAAUGAGAAAUCUCAAGAUCUUAUGUAUCGGCGGGGAGCCCCUUUCGAGAGACCUGCUGAACAACUGGGCUGGAAGCUCGACAAUGUUGAUCAACCAAUUUGGCAUGGGCGAAGCAGCAGUCUGCUGUGCCUACAACGACAAUGUACAUGAUCCUGGUAGCUCACCCGCUACGAUCGGACGGCCAUCCAGUGGUGCAAUUUGGAUUGUUGACCCAAACUGCCCGGCGAAGCUCAUGCCACUUGGCGCGGUCGGUGAGAUUGUAAUUGAAGGGCCUCAUCUUUCAAGGGGUUAUCUUGACCAGAAUCAUCAAGCAUCCGAUCGUACGAAGCCAGCUGGCUUUAUGGAAGAUCUCCCGCCCUGGCUAAAUGAGCUUCACCCCAACCGCCAAAUCACCCGCUUAUAUCGAUCAGGAGACCUGGCACGAUGGACUCACGAUGGACGGAUUGAGUAUAUUGGCCGCAAAGACACUAUCGUAAAGCUUGACGGUUGUCGGAUCGACGUGGUUGAGGUCGAGCACCUUGCAAGGAAAUCUCUUACUCCCAAAGAUGCCAUUGUGGUAGACCUUCUCGGCGUCAUUGAUGGCAAAGAAGAUCCUUGCCUGGCUGCGUUCUUGUACCUCAGCGGACACCCAGAGAAUUCCGAAACGGCAGAAAUCUCUUUGAAAGAUGCAAGUCAAGAUCCAGCUGCCCUUCAAAAGGUCGCCCAAAUCAAGGAAGUUCUUGCCAUUUCCCUCCCACCUUACAUGAUUCCGACGUUGUUUUUGCUAGCCACACGCGUCCCACGUACGCCUUCGAAGAAGACCGAUCGCAGAAUGAUCCGACUGCUUUCACGAAAUUUUUAUGAAAAAGACCGUGAGGCGCGGAGCAGGUUGUCGCCCCAUCACCCUGAUUCACAGCUUCUUCCCCCAUGA